AUGGCCGAGGUCAAUGUCAACCCUCAAUUCGGGGCGGAAUUGAAGGAUGCGUUMAAGCCGGUAAACUCGUGGGUUUCGAACGGAAUCGCGUGGCUAGAUGAUAUACAACAAUUUUACCGCGAAAGAAGCGCAAUUGAACGAGAAUAUGCGUCUAAACUAUCGGCAUUGUGCAAGAAAUAUUCGGAGCGCAAAUCGAAGAAGAUCAGUAGCCUCAGUGUGGGAGACACACCGACGAUGACACCCGGAUCGCUCGAAUCGGCGUCGUUGACAACUUGGUCUACACAAUUGACUACGGUGGAAUCGCACGCAGCUGUUCGCGACAAGUUCGGUCUCGACCUUAUUUCCCAUGUAGCCGAUCCGCUGAAAAACAUAUCAGCUCGAUACGAGGAACUGCGCAAAAGCCAUGUGGAAUAUCAUGGCAAGUUAGAAAAGGAACGAGAAUCGCAACUUAGUGAGCUGAAGAAAGUCAAGGGAAAAUACGAUGGGGUCUGUCAGGAGGUGGAAAAUCGCCGCAAAAAGACCGAAUCCUCGUUCGAUUAUAAUAAGACAAAGGCACAGACUGCCUAUCAACAGCAGCUUUUAGAGAUGAGCAAUUCCAAAAAUACAUAUAUUAUCAAUAUCCACGUGGCGAAUAAGCUGAAAAAUCAAUUCUACCAUGAAUACGUCCCCGAAGUACUCGACAGCCUGGGAGACCUGAAUGAAACUCGUGUUCAAAAGCUGAACUCUUUCUGGUCACUUGCAGCGCAGUUAGAAAAGGGAGCCUCGACGCAAAGUACUGAACUAAUGACCCAUCUUGAGAACGAAAUUCCGCGGAAUAACCCUAAACUCGACUCACUAAUGUUCCUUCAGCAUAACGCAUCUCAGAGUCAGGAGCCGCCUAAUUUGACGUUCGAGCCAAGUCCUGUAUGGCACGAUGACGAUCAGAUGAUUACGGACGAGUCUGCAAAAGUGUUUUUGCGUAACAUGCUCAUGAAAAGCAAGAGUCAGGUCAGAGAGCUGAAAGCAGAGGCAGAAAAGCAACAACGAGAAGUCGAAAGCGCCAAGCGCAUUCGAGAUAACGUAAGGCAAGGAAAAGACAAGCGAGAUGAGGUCGAUGUUGUAAAAGCGAUCUUCAACUUGCAAGAAAAACUGCACGAGACCGAGCGGAAGAAAAUGACAGCAGAGGUUGAAACUCUAACAAUCUUGGCUGUGGUUGGCGAUCUGUCACUAGGAGCCAAGAACCAUAACUUUAGAUCCCAAACUUUCAAAAUUCCAACAAAUUGUGAUCUUUGCGGCGAAAGAAUAUGGGGCUUGUCCGCAAAAGGAUUCGACUGCGUUGAUUGUGGAUAUACAUGCCACAGCAAGUGUCAAAUGAAGGUGCCAGCAGAGUGUCCUGGUGAGCAGACGAAGGAGGAAAAAAAGAAGUUGAAGGCCGAACGUCAGGAGCAAGCCCAAUCCGCCCCUGCUGUAUCAGAGCAUGCGCCGUCCAACGGAAACAACGGAACGGUAGCAGAUAUGCCAGCCCUGACUCGCAGGGAUACGAUGAACUCUUUGAGUUCGGGAUACGCACACAGUGCCCAUCGAUCCGUAUCUGGGUCGAUAUCGUCUUCAAAACCGUCAGGCGAAGAACCCGCUGAAUUGAGUGCUGCACCACCUAGAUCUUCUACAUCGACCACGAAACGCAACCGGAUUCUAGCGCCACCUCCUACGCAAUACGCCACCCCGCCUGUGGCUGCCGAGGCUCCGACAUCGAAAAAGAACGAGCAAAGGGGGAAGAUGGUCUAUGGGUAUCAAGCAACUGGUGAUGGAGAGGUGACGGUAAGUGAAGGGCAGGAAAUUCUUGUGUUGGAGCCUGAUGAUGGCUCUGGUUGGAUGCGUGUCAAGGCAGGCUCGCAGGAAGGACUAGUACCGUCUGCAUACGCCGAGCUUGCGCCUGCACCAUCCCCAGCACUGACGGAGCGGCCUGCAUCAACCUACUCAAACUCUUCAGCUUCGUUGGCCGGUAGCACAACAGCGAAGAAAGUAGGACCAGCCGUAGCACCUCGACGCGGAGCAAAGAAACUGCAAUACGUCGAAGCUCUAUACGACUACGAAGCACGCUCAGAUGCUGAGCAUAACAUGUCUGAGGGUGACCGGUUCGUCUUGGUCACUAAGGAUAGUGGUGAUGGGUGGGCAGAAGUUGAGAAGGGAGGUCAAGUCAAGAGUGUGCCGGCAAAUUACAUUCAGGAGGUUUAG